UAUCUACUUUCUUGAAAAAUUUUGAUUAACAGAAUAUUUCAACGUUCGAAGAUCUGUAUCCUGGGAUACCCACAUAAAAUAUCCUUUGCUCCUGUAAUCGGUAAUUUCUAAUUUCCAGGGUCCGCCGAAACCUAUUUUUAUUUCUUAUUUCCCGGACAAUUUCUGUCUAGAACCUAGACCCCGCGUACACUGGAAAGUUGGACGGAGCCUGGAUUCGAAAUUGUUUUCCCGCCAAAAUGAAUUGAAAGAGCGCGCGCGCGCUUACUCUAUUUCACUUCGAAGAGCCAAACAUCAUUUCUAUUCCUUUAUAGUUUCAUUAUAAUUAUAGUUUCAUUUAGUAAAUUAUUUGGUUGAAAAGCAGAAUUAGCAUCGUGAAUGCUUUUUAUAGCAUUUACUGCUGACUGAUACAGACAAUGAAUAACAACAAAACGGCAACUGGCCUGUAUUUUGGUGCUCUACCAGACCUAAGCGGUUUGGUUGCUUAUCUAGUUGAGGAAGACGAUGAAAAUAUGAGUACAAUUCAACCUCUUGGAUGUAGGUAAGGUUAUGAACUCUAAGUCUUGUUUUGRAAAAAGCAUUGAAACUCUUCAAUUUAUUUUUUGUGYUGUCUUUUCUCCAGGGAGCUUCUAUUUACCGAGCCAAGAGUCCUUUUAUCUCCCUGCUUAGAAAAUGGAAGCCAAGCCGUUAUAUUGUGUAAGGAGACUGUUUUGGARUGCAGCAAGUUUCAAGGUCUUAUGUCAAAACUUAAGUUCAAGGUUGUKAGACAAGUUGAUGUCAACAAGGAGUUAUUCCAGUAUUGCUUGGCUUUUACUAUUACCCAGAAACUAGCACCACUUUGGAACAAAGCUGGAGAAUACUUCAUUCAAGGUCGGGAUUUCUUUGAAUGUAAAUCCAAACUUAAUGCAAUUUCUAUUGAUUUCAACAUCACUGACAGACUUUGCAUUGGUCUUAAGGCCUUUAAUUUAAAAGUGGAUCCUUCAAAAGUAGAUCAUUUCUGUUCCUCUGCAAAUAUCCUUCAAACUUUUUCAAGACAAAGAAAUUUUGAAAUCCAACAAGAUUCAAUCMAAGAUGAAUUGUGCUAUGUUUUACCCAGUUUGAAGAAAGCACGGGUAAUAGGUAUAUCUCAUGAAAUUCCUUCUGAUUCUCCCUUUUCAUGUUAUGAAGACCUCAGAAAACACUGGAAGCUAAUGUAUGGCUACAGACUUCCAUCACAUGAGCAUAUCUUCUACAAUGUCAGGUUCUUUGGUAGCAAGAUCUUUACGUAUCCCAGCAGUUGUAUCCAGAGUAAUUAUCCUCAAAUAUUACUACGUUGUGAUCAACAAGCAAUAUUUCAAGCGUUUCUGCAAGAUGUGCAAAACCGUAUUCCUUUCAUAUGUGAAUCACCAUUGAGAUUAACAUCAUGCGCACUUUAUUCAUCAAACAAGUUGCACAGUGCACUGACUAAUAACCAGAGCUGCUUGACUCGCCUGCCUCCACAGUACAAGCAUUGCACUCCAUAUGUGUUUUCACAGAAAGCUGAAACACCAAGCCACAUACCAGUUACAUCCAGUGAAAGCAGCAAUAUACCUCAGAAAACCUGUAUUGACACUGCUAUUUCAAGACCUAAUAGUGAUCGUUAUAUUCCAACUUUUACCAGACAAUUACCUUCAAAAACUCUGGUAUCUCGAGGAAAUAAAAUAAAAGAYGUUGCCACCCCUAAAGUGACUCCUGUAUUCAAGACAAAAUUGAUGUCAUCUCAAGUAGUUSUUCAUGGCAGCAAUGCCAGMUCUAUACCUUGUACACAAUCAUUGUCAUUCACAACUAAUACCAAUAAUGGUCAUGAAAGUGAUACUUUACAAAGUGAAGAUUGCACAAACUGUGUGUCUUAUAAUCAUACUAAGAAACUACCAGAUAAUAGACCAGGACUAAGUCUAUCUAGAAGUACUAUUCCUGUCAUUGCUAAAAGGACAACAAACUCUGUUGACAUGGUUACACAYAGAGUCCCUGUAAAUUCUGUACACCCCUCUACAAUUGCUGCUUUGAAUGGCGUUUCCAUUAAAGGGCCAARCCAAAGUUCAACUCCAAACUCCAUACCAGUUCCAACCAACAGGUACAAGAGAAUAGUAAARCCAUUGACUGGAUUACAGCAGAGAAAUGUGGAGAAACUGGACUCUUCAUGCAUGUUUCAAAGAGCACAGGGCAGCUAUUCUGAGAGUAUGGAUGAGGUUUAUAUUGGAAGUCAUCCAGGAACUUCAAAAAGACAGAAUACCAGCACAUGUGAAAGUGAUAUAGCAGUCAAAAAGCCAAGACCAAAACCUAAAGUACAGGAGGAUGUUGACAUUAGACAACUGGCACUAAAUAACCAGCUGAAGAAAGUAAAUUCUGUCACAUUGGUUAACUGGCUGAGAAAUCACAAUGUUAAUGUACGACAGAAAGAUAAGAAAGGAGACCUGAUUGAUAAAGUGAUGAAUGUUAUCAGAAGUAAUGUCCAUGAGGCUUAGURACUACAAUCCAGAAAUCAAGGUAUUCAAUAUUAUUCAAUGCUUCAUAAGAUUAGAGAUCAGCAUGCAGACAAUGUAGCUGCAGCUAUAGCAAGUUAUUUGUAGACCCACCUGAAGUUGAAAACCUUUGCAAUCAUUUUUUUAUUUUGCAAAUGUUAAACGAACUCUUGUUUAAAGUCUGCUUUCUGAUUAGCUCAAAAUUGAAGAUAACUUUCAUAUUUGAGAAGAUUGUUCAAAGGUUCCUGGAUGCAUGCCUUACAAAUAUAAAGCUUACAGCUUGCUCCAUUUCAAUGAUCAUUCAA